AGUGGACCAGUCAUCCGGGCAUCCUACACCUAACCAGUCAUCCGUGCAGACCCGCUCUCAUCUGCCCAGUUGUAUUCUAUCCUUUCAUCCAUGUACUAGUAUCAUUCGUAUCAUGAAUUAUUUAACAUAAACAAAUAUCUUUAAUUUUGCCCUAUUAUAACUAACUAAUUUUUCAUAAAAAUUUAUCUAUAAACCUUUCACUAGAAGGCGUUGAGUAGAACAUUGGCCUUUCUUCGAUGAUUUUGACCAUUUUCUUGCUCUUCUGUGAUGUUGAAAGCCACACUCCGCUUUCGGACGAUUUCUUCUUUUAAAUAUCUCUGUCAUCUAUUUUUAGAGUAGUUGUUUAAGUAUUUUCAAAGUUUAAAAUUACGUUGAAAUAAUUUCUUUUAUUAUCUGAUAGUUUCUUUGAUUUGUUUAUAUCUAUAUUUCAGAGAAUAAAUGGUCUAGUAUAAGGAUGGGGACGGAUCAGCGGUUUUCCUUGAAAUGGAAUAAUUACCAGGCACAUCUUGUCACGGCAUUUGAGAGCUUACUAGGAGAGAGCGAUUUCGUUGAUGUCACCCUGGGAGUGGAAGGAAGACGACUUUCAGCGCACAAAAUGCUUCUUUCAGCGUGCAGUCCAUACUUCAGAGAGCUUCUAAAGGGGAACCCUUGUCAGCAUCCCAUCAUAGUUCUCCGGGAUAUUCGGUACGACGACCUUCACUCACUUCUACAAUUUAUGUACAACGGGGAAGUUAACGUAGCCCAGGAUCAGCUCAACUCAUUUCUAAAAUCCGCGGAAUCCUUAAAAAUUCGCGGAUUAACAGACAAUGCAGAUGAUCAAAGUGAACAGUCCAAAGAUUCCACCACACUUCCGCCCAAUGUACCUGUUGUAAAGAAAAAACGUCCGCCUCCGGCAGAUGUUCCCUCCGCCCCAGCUCCCAAACGCCAUCACAUCCCUUCCGCCUCUAGUCAGAGAGAAAACGAACCUGUUAAACAAGAAGUUAUCGACGUGAAUGAUGACCCAUAUGAUGAACCUGCCCUGGGCUACGAGGAUGGAGGAGGAGGAGGAGAACUGGAUCUUGGUGCAGGAGAUGGAUAUGGAGGAGGGUAUGAGGAGGGAGCACUAGCUGUACCUGAUGGAGUGGAUCCGGAACAUCAUCCUGAUGGACAAGGAUUUGACGAUGAUUACUAUGCACUCUCGUCAGGACGGAUACAAAGUGAUUUUUCUCCGGGUUCAACCUUCCAAAGGAGAGGUUCGGAUUUCUCCGGGUAUGAUGAACUAGGGGAGGAGUUUACUUGCUUAAACUGUGGGAAGCAAUUUAGAAGUAAAGGAGGUUUGUCUCAUCAUAUGGAGGUGCACAAAGGACUCACAGACUGUCCUAUCUGUGGAAAAGUACAAUCCAAGAUUUCAAACUUAAAGAGACACCUGGCGAUGGUUCACAAGGUCGGGAUGGAUCUGCAGUCACUUCUUCUUUAAAUCAAUCAGAUUAUUUUUGAAACUUCAUUCUGAAUAUUAACCUCUUUCUGGGAUCCUCUGUAACAGUUAGUUUAGUUUAAUUUGGAAUCUUUCUCAAGACCUACAAAUAUAAAUAUAUAAGUAUUGUAAGAAAACAUUUAAGAAAACUCAUUCUGUUAAGUUUCCAUGACGCGGCUCUUAAUUGAAAAUUUUUAGUUACAAAAAUGUUGUUUUAUCGAUAUCUUAUCUUACUGACUCAGACCUCCACUGUAAGAGGCCCCUAAAGUUUUAUAUUUUAUGUUAUAGCUUUAUGAAACGAUUGAAAAUUUAAAAGAAAAAUUAUUUUUGUAUUACAAAUUGAGCAUCAUUAGCUAAAUGUGUGUGUUAGAUUGUGUUUGUUCACAUCGUACAGCUUUGUAACAUAAAAAUAAUUCACGUACUCUGAAAAUUUGUGAUGUAUCCCUGUAUCAGGAAAAAAAAAUUAAGAUUUGAAUGCGAAAUUUCAGAUAAAUAUGUCGAAAGAAUUUAAGUCCGAGUUGGAAAUAUCGCAAAAUCUCAAGGCUGCUGAAGAAGAAGCUGAAAUGGGAUUGGAGGGUUGCAGGUGUUGCAAUAUCUGCUUGGAAGAUUUGGCAGAUACCGACCUCAUCACACACUUACACUGCAGCUGUAUCAUCUGUAGAGACUGCUUAGAUAGAAGUUUAAAACAUGGUUCUGAAUCCAGACCAAAAUGUCCAGUUUGUCUUGAGGAUUGCUUGAAGAGUGAGUGGGUACAGCUAGAUCAAUAUAAGGCGUUCUACAAGGUCAGGAUGGAAAUGCAGUCACUUCACCUUUAAAUCAAUCAAUUAAACCUGAAAUAUGUGAUCAAGUUGUUUUCUAACAAUUAAAAGGAUGUGAGGAUAUACCAAUCCCAACCUUUUCUAGUCACGUUCGCGCUUUAACUUUUUAUCUCUAAAAUUAUUUUGUCAUGCUGUACUCUUUUCUUGUAUUGUCAGAAAAAAUUUUGAAAAUUCA